CGCGUCACGUGGGCGCGUGUCGAAGGUCACAAUGGAGCUGUCGGUGUACGCGCAGGGCGGGUGGCGGCUGCUGGCCGACCCCCGCCGCUUCCCCCGACGCCCUUACUCCGCGCUCCUCCGCGCCGCCUUCCGCAGCCUCCUCCAGCACCCCCCUCACGCCUGGUUGGUAAAUUCAUUUAUUUUAGACGAUCCCGACCUGAAAGAUAUUGACCCCACGGUAUUAAAACAUUGCCAUGCGGCGGCCGCGACGUGUAUUCUGGAGGCAGGGAAGCAGAAAGCCGACAUAUCUGCUAUAAGCACAUGUCUUGAGGACUGUAAACUGGACAAAGAGAGAAUAGAACAAUUUUGCACCGAAUAUCAGAAAAACAAGGAUGCAUUGGAAAUCCUAUUGGGAAGCAUAGGCAGAUCUCCUCUCCAUAUAACUGACGUGUCUUGGCGCUUGGAAUAUCAGAUCAAGAGCAAUCAACUUCAUAAAACUUACCAGCCUUCCUACUUGGUGACCUUAAACGUAGAGAACAGUGAUUCGGCAUCACACCCAGAUAUUAGUUUUAGUUGCACGAUGGAGCAAUUACAGGAUUUAGUUGGGAAACUAAAAGAUGCCGCAAAAAGUCUAGAAAGAGCGACUCAGAUGUGAUGGGAGGAAGGUGUCAGCCCGCGGAGCUGAAGUACUUUCAUUCCUUAGGAGUGUGUCUUCUAAAUGACAAAUGUCUUUCA